AUGCUCAACGGCAGCAGUAUCAAAAUAUUCUCUGGAACAAGCCACCCAGAGCUGGCAGAAAUCAUCGCCAGGCGGAUUGGUCUACCCCUCUCCAAGGCCGAAAUUACUCGCAGCGGUAUCGGCGAAACCAGUGUGCGCAUCGCAGAAUCCGUUCGUGAGGACGAUGUGUACAUUAUCAACACUGGAUGCAGUCCCAUCAACACCGCACUCAUGGAGUUGUGCAUUAUGAUACAUGCUUGCAAGAUCGCGAGCGCAAAAAGGAUCACCGCUGUGAUUCCGCUAUUUCCUUACGCCAGGCAGGACAAGAAAGACAAGAGUAGAGCACCCAUCACAGCAAAGCUGGUGGCUAAUAUGAUACAGAGGGCUGGCUGCGAUCACGUCAUAACAAUGGACCUGCAUGCGUCCCAGAUACAAGGAUUCUUUGACGUCCCGGUUGACAAACUCACCAUCGGCUAUCUCGUCAGCCUUUAUGCGGAACCAUCGGCCAUAUUAUACAUUCGAACCAACUUCAAGCUAGAGGACGUCGUAAUCGUUUCGCCGGAUGCUGGAGGUGCGAAGAGGGCGACUUCGAUGGCUGAUCGAUUGGGGGUCGAUUUCGCCCUAUUCCACAAAGAGCGCAAAAAGGCGAACGAAGUGUCGCGAAUGGUUCUGGUGGGCCAUGUGAAGGACAAGACGGCGAUUCUGGUGGACGACAUGGCUGACACUUGCGGGACGCUCUGCCUAGCUGCACGCCAUCUGACGGAGGCCGGUGUCGCCAAGGUGUACGCAAUUGUGACACAUGGUAUCCUUAGCGGCAAUGCCCUUGAGUCGGUGACUUCGAGCGUGCUAGAGAAGCUGAUUGUGACGAACACGCUCCCUCAGCGGGCCAACCAGGCGGCGUGCCCCAAGAUCGAGGUGCUUGACAUUGGGCUGGUGCUAGGAGAGGUGAUCCGUCGCAGCCAUUACGGGGAGAGUGUGUCGAAGCUAUUCCACGAAGUUCCGUACUAG